UCGUCAGAGCUUCCUACUUCUUCUUCCUGCUCCCAACCAACGCCAACGAAAGCCACCCCACCAACUCCCAGCUGCUGCGACGUACUGUCAGUCUGUCGCUCGCACAGUGCCAUGGGUAUAAAGGGCCCGUGGCUUGCGAUCGGCUCUGCAUCUCGGUUCGGAUCUUCUGCCUUGCAUUGAUCUCCUAGCUUGUUGGUUCCUCUGUGCUCGAUAGAUCGCUCCCAGGUCUCAGCUACUGCGGCAAUGGCUUCCGGUGGCGCGUCGCUGGCCUUGGCCGCGCUGCUUCUUGUGGGCUGCGUCGCGGCGGCGGCGGCGACCAAGUACACCGUCGGCGACGCCUCCGGCUGGACGACCAGCGGCGAUUACGCCACCUGGGCCAGCGGCAAGAAGUUCAAAGUCGGCGACACUCUCGAGUUCAAGUACGCUGGCGGCGCGCACACGGUGGACGAGGUGAGCGCGGCGGACUACGCCGCCUGCUCCUCCAGCAACGCGCUCAGCAGCGACAGCGCCGGCACCACCACGGUGACCCUCAAGACCGCCGGCAAGCACUACUUCAUCUGCGGCGUCGCGGGCCACUGCAGCAGCGGCAUGAAGCUCGUGGUGGACGUCGCCGCGGCCAAGUCGUCCGCCCCGGCGCCGGCGCCGGCCGUGGCCCCGGCCCCGGACGCCGCGGACACCACCCCGGACGCCACUCCCGCCACGACCCCCAAGUCGCCCUCGAGCUCCGGCGGCGCCAAGACCCCGGUCACGGUCCUCUCGCCGCCGGCCAAGAAGUCCACCUCCGGCGCCGCCGGGCUCAGCGCCACCGCGUGGGCCGGCUUGGGCCUGGCUGGACUCGUGGCCGUGCACCUCGGCGCGUUCUAGGGCCGACGGCCAGGGCGGAGGCAGUGCUUGCUUGUUUUAUUCUCGUUUUAUUUUAUUGUCAUGUAGGAUGCGCGCCAUCGAUUCAUGUAUUGGUUGAGGACCUGAGAGGUUUCUUUUGAUCCAGGCAACUUGGUGCUUUUGCUGCGCUGCGCUGGUGGCAGUUUAGUUGGAUGGAUACUUGGAUAUUAUGCUAUUGUUAUCAUAUUCUUUUCAUGCCUUUUUCUAUCAAUAUUUUCCACUUCCA